CUCCCAGACAAGCCCCUUGGAAGAAGCGCAAGGAACCAGCCUGGCGCUUGUCUUUCACAGUACAGCGGACAAGCACGUCUCAGAGCCCAAGUGCAGGGUUGCCUGCCCCAAAGCCGCCAGGGGAGCUGCGCAAAAACGUGGGCACAUGCGGGAGGAAGGGGGUGCCCUGGGCUUUGUCACCCUUCAUAAGCGACGUAGGUGGUGAGGAAACCGAAUGUUAGUAUACAAGUUGGCUUUGUAUUGAGGGAGCACAGAGCACUUCUCAAGGAGAGAACCGAAAUGUUAAAAAGCCAAUAACAAAACAAGUUUCCUUACUACAAUUGCUGUUAAUGGAAAAGGCGCCUAACCUGCUGAAUUAAAUCGUUCAAAAGUGCCUGUUCAUCACUGGGAGUUCCUUCUCUACAAGGAGGGGAAAGAAAAUGAAAACAAAAAAACAAGUUCGAGAAGCCCCCUUAACUGGCCCUGGCAGCGUGUUGGAGGCCCCAGCCUGGACAAGGAGCUUUCCACCCUCCCAGCCUCUAGCCGGAGAGGAGGCUAAAAGAGCCAAAGAAAAACCAAACCAAAACAACGACAAAACGUUUGGAAUCUCAGGGGGAAACGUCGGAGUGGGUCUCGGGAUCUGUGCCACGCAGGGCGCGACACUGUAGUCCAUUGGGCUGGAGGCCGGGGCCUGGCCGGAGCAGCAAGGCCGGUGCCUCUGGUCCGGCUGGGGAGCGAAAGCCCACAGCUCCCCCUCUCCAGGCGCCCAAGGACCCUCAAGGCGCGGGGCUCACACUUGAAGCCUGGGAACGCGCUGACAGGAAACCCACUUCCUCCUAAGCAGUUUCUUGCUCGCCGGAUGAGAGGCGCCCAAUUGAAGCAGAAUGAUCCUCAUCUACUAAUAUCCAGCGUGGCCACAAAGCGACUGGCCAUUUACGCCGCCACUUUAAACAAAGAUAUUUGGUUAUUCCCGGGGAAGCAAGUGCACUUUUGCAUGGCUGAGCUCCGGGCGGAGGCGAGCCUCAGCCCAGCCUCCCGCCUGCUGGGCUGCUCGCGCCUCGGGAUUCGCCCCCUCCCGGCCAGCUGGUCCCGCCGGGGUUCAGGCUCAGUUCCGCCCGGCAACAGGCGGGCGGGUACUUACGACGCUCCCUGCCCGCGCCCUCCCUGAAGCAUCAGAGGGGAAAACAGCGUGGCCCUGGGCUCGGGUGCUGGGGCUGUGAUGUCCUCGGAAAGUCAGCUCCAGCCCCAGAACCCCGCGUGUCCGGGCGAUGGGCGAGGGUCGGGGACACCAGGUUUGUUCGAGGUGGGGCAACUUCAGCAAUGGCCCUUCGGGUUAGUGCCCCCCAGCUUCCCAGCUCUGGCGGCCAGUAGUGUGCUUGUCUUGGCCAGGAAUGGGGGUGGGGAAAGGGAGCCGCGGGUGGGUUGUUGGGGGGGGGGGCGUGAUGCAGGGGGCCCUGGACCGCUGAGAAGACCCUGAGCUGGGGGGAGGGGGACGCGGGGAUCUGGGACAGCCUCUCCGAGGCAGCCGAUCCCCUGCUCAGCGUCCCCUCCGCCCGCUGGGAUUCUCUCUCGGGUAGGGGGAAAGGGGGCGGGGAGCAGAGGUGUCCCUCUGACGGCGGCAGAAGAGGCAGACAGACGGACAGACACGCAGAACAACAGUGCGGCCCCAGGGUUCGUCCCCAGACUCGCGAGCUCGUUUGGUGGUGACUGGGGCUCAGCGCCGCGAAGCCCGAUGUGGUCCGGAGGCAGUGGGAAGGCGCGGGGCUGGGAGGCCGCGGCGGGAGGGAGGAGCAGCCCCAGCAGGCUCAGGUGAAACCCCUACCCUGUCCCUUGGCCCCCUCCCUCUAUAGACUUGUCCCCGCCCGGGAACCCCGACUAUAUUGGAAAGUGGUUCACUUUGUAACUCCGAAAGUUGGUUGUAAAGCAGCAUUCACCUUCCUUCCUCCCCACCAUCCCCCCUCCUCGGCUACUCCUCACCCCACCUCUUGCCCUCCCCUCUCUCGGUUCCCUCCUCCUUUCCCUCCCCUGUCUCCCCCCGCGCGCCGCCCGCACCCCACAAAAAAUGGGGUGGGGGUGUCCGGGGGAGGGGGAAAGAAAUGCUUUGGGUCGUGUCUCUGCCUCUCUCUCUCUCUCUCCCUCUUUGAGACCUAAAAAUCCUGACAAGUGAAACUUAAAGGUGUUUACCUUGUCAUCAGCAUGUAAGCUAAUUAUCUCGGGCAAGAUGUAGGCUUCUAUUGUCUUGUUGCUUUAGCGCUUACGCCCCGCCUCUGGUGGCUGCCUAAAACCUGGCGCCGGGCUAAAACAAACGCGAGGCAGCCCCCGAGCCUCCACUCAAGCCAAUUAAGGCGGACUCGGUCCACUCGGUUACGUGUACAUCCAACAAGAUCGGCGUUAAGCCGCCGCCGAAUCAUGUCGAUGAGUCCAAAGCACACGACUCCGUUCUCAGUGUCUGACAUCUUGAGUCCCCUGGAGGAAAGCUACAAGAAAGUGGGCAUGGAGGGCGGCGGCCUCGGGGCUCCGCUGGCGGCUUACAGGCAGGGCCAGGCGGCUCCGCCGGCCGCGGCCAUGCAGCAGCACGCCGUGGGGCACCACGGCGCCGUCACCGCCGCCUACCACAUGACGGCGGCAGGGGUGCCCCAGCUCUCGCACUCCGCCGUGGGGGGCUACUGCAACGGCAACCUGGGCAACAUGAGUGAGCUGCCGCCGUACCAGGACACCAUGCGGAACAGCGCCUCCGGCCCCGGAUGGUACGGCGCCAACCCAGACCCGCGCUUCCCCGCCAUCACCCGCUUCAUGGGCCCGGCGAGCGGCAUGAACAUGAGCGGCAUGGGCGGCCUGGGCUCGCUGGGGGACGUGAGCAAGAACAUGGCCCCGCUGCCAAGCGCACCACGCCGGAAGCGCCGGGUGCUCUUCUCCCAGGCUCAGGUGUACGAGCUGGAGCGACGCUUCAAGCAACAGAAGUACCUGUCGGCGCCCGAGCGGGAGCACCUGGCCAGCAUGAUCCACCUGACACCCACGCAGGUCAAGAUCUGGUUCCAGAACCACCGCUACAAGAUGAAGCGCCAAGCCAAGGACAAGGCGGCACAGCAGCAACUACAGCAGGACAGCGGCGGCGGCGGCGGGGGCGCCGGGUGCCCGCAGCAGCAGCAAGCGCAGCAGCAGUCGCCGCGCCGCGUGGCAGUGCCGGUCCUGGUGAAAGACGGCAAACCCUGCCAGGCAGGCGCCCCCGCGCCUGGUGCCGGCAGCCUUCAAGGCCACGCGCAACAGCAGGCGCAGCAGCAGGCGCAGGCUGCUCAGGCGGCCGCGGCGGCUAUCUCAGUGGGCAGCGGUGGCCCUGGCCUGGGUGCACACCCGGGCCACCAGCCGGGCAGCGCAGGCCAGUCUCCGGACCUGGCACACCACGCCGCCAGCCCCGCGGCGCUUCAGGGCCAGGUCUCCAGCUUGUCCCACCUGAACUCCUCGGGCUCGGACUAUGGCACCAUGUCUUGCUCCACCUUGCUAUAUGGUCGGACCUGGUGAGAGGACACCGGGCCAGGCCGGGCCCAGCGCGCUGCCUCAUCGCUUCCCCUCCUGCCGGUCACACAAUCACCAACUACCCGCCGCUCCCUGCGCUUCGACUUUUCUUAAUAAUCUGUCCCGUUUAGACCGAGGGGAAAAAACACAAAAGCCAAACUGCUGGACGUCUUUUUUUUUUUUUUCUAAAAUUUGUGGGAUUUUUUAAAAAAAGAAAAUAAAAACAUCCAAGUGAAUCCAAUUCUUUAAGGAGUCUUUAAAAAGAGAAGGACAUAACAAGAACAGCUUUUGGGGUGUCUUUUUGGUGAUUGAAAUGGUUUCACUUGCUCAGGCAGGGUGCAGUUUGGAGAGGGCUCCACGAUGACUGGCUCUGGACUCUAAAGAUCGCAAACUUCACUCUGGGUACACUGUGCCAGCAAGGCGGACUCGCUUGUAAAUACCCGGGUUUCUUUUGAAGGGAUGAUGGGGGCUGGGGAGAGGAAAGACUCUUCGACAGGACCCACUUGUCAUUGACACAAAGGAAAUGCCCCCUCCCAGCGCCCUCUGGCCGCCCAGGCUCAGCCCCGGGGAAAAGCCCUGGCUAAAAUUGUUUUAUGUUUGAUGUGAACUUGUAGCUGUAAAACGCUGUCAAAAGUUGGACUACAUGCCUAGUUUUUAGUAAUCUGUACAUUUUGUUGUAAAAAAAACAAAAACAAAAACAAAACCAACCCCUGUCCCCAGCCCAUCAUAUUUUUUAUGGGCAUUGACAAAUCUGUGUAUAUUAUUUGGCAGUUUGGUAUUUGCAGCGUCAGUCUUUUUCUGU